AUGUCCGCCGACGAGGCCGCACUGAAGACCUGUCAUGAGAGAAUAAACCUUAGUGUAGCUGCCUCACAUCAAGCUGAGAAUGGGUCCGUCACCACAGUUAGUUCCAAGGAAUCAGAGGAGGCGACCUAUGCAUUUCUUCCUCCUAUCGAGUCAACUGACGCGCACCUUCAUGAGUUUGCAGAGGCCAUGAGAACUGUUGGAAAAGCACUGCGACAAGUUGCGGAAGGGAAAGCUGCUGCUCAAGCAGAGGCGGCUGAGUGGAAGCGCAAGUAUGAAUCGGAGAAGGCAGCCAAGGCACACACGCAUCACAGUGUAAUUAAAGGCUGCAGCAACUGUGUCAAGGACAAGCUAGAGCAUUUGGCUAGUAAGCUGACACUGGAGACUGCCUCGGUUGAUGAAACAGGCUGUUGCGGAAACCAUGGGAUCUGCUCACGUCAAAUUCUCCAGGACCAGUGUACUGGACCUAACCGUAAAUCAGAUGACAGGAUUGUUGGAAGAAAGGUACCAUUUAGACUUUCAUGGGGUAGCAAUGGGGAUAAGAACGGUCAGCACAAGCAUGAUUUUGUGUCCUUCGAAAAAGGGGAUAUUACAACAGCAGAACGCAGCAAUAAACAGAUUUUUCUGAAAUGGGAUUCCCCUCCACAAACAGUUCUUUUUGUGACUAAACCUAAUUCCAACUCCGUGCAUGCUCUCUGUUCCGAAAUGGUCAGAUGGCUUAAAGAACAUAACAACAUAAACAUCUUUGUAGAGCCACGAGUUAGCAAGGAACUACUUAUUGAAGAUUCUUACUUCAACUUUAUUCAGACAUGGGAUAAUGAUCAGGAAAUGAAGACAUUACACACGAAGGUUGACCUCAUUGUAACUCUCGGUGGUGAUGGAACUGUUCUGUGGGCCGCAUCAUUGUUCAAAGGGCCAGUUCCCCCAGUGGUUGCAUUCUCUCUUGGAUCAUUGGGCUUCAUGAUUCCCUUCCCAAGCGAACAGUAUCGUGAAUGCUUGGGCAAUGUGCUGAAAAGACCAUUCACCAUCACACUGAGGAGCCGUCUGCAGUGUCAUGUAAUUCGUGAUGCAGCUAAAGAUGAAGUUGAGACCGGGGAACCGAUUCUAGUGCUUAAUGAAGUUACAAUUGACCGAGGAAUGUCAUCUUACCUUACCUACUUAGAAUGCUAUUGUGAUAGUUCUUUUGUUACAUGCGUACAAGGAGAUGGGCUAAUAAUAUCUACAACAUCUGGAAGCACAGCCUAUUCACUGGCAGCUGGAGGAUCAAUGGUACAUCCACAGGUCCCAGGGAUCCUUUUCACACCAAUCUGCCCCCAUUCAUUGUCAUUCCGGCCUCUGAUACUGCCGGAAUACGUCACUCUGCGCGUGCAAGUACCGUUCAACAGCAGAGGGCAAGCCUGGGCGUCCUUUGACGGCAAGGGCAGAAUUCAGCUAGGGCCAGGCGACGCCCUCAUCUGCAGCGUCUCUCCAUGGCCCUUGCCCACGGCAUGCCUGGUGGACUCGACAACGGACUUCCUGCGGAGCAUCCACGAGGGCCUCCACUGGAACCUCAGGAAGAGCCAGGCACUGGACGGCCCUGCCUGA